AUGGAGAACGAUUCGACGUUCGUGGCUCCCGAGGGUGUGUACUCGGUUACAGAAGAACACAAGCCUUCCCUUGUCGGCCAGCACACCGUUAAUUCCAUCCCAGUCCUAUUCCCAACCCGUCUCUCUCCCGUCACCAUCCGCUAUCCCCCCACCAAGUCUGCCAGUUCUCCAGGCAUAUCACACCUUCUCGGAGGCAGUCGAGAGAAAGAAUACAAGAAGGACAAGGUAGUGCCAAUCCUAAGGGAUCGUGAAGACGGGGCGAGCGUGUCGAGUAGCGAUGACCCGGACGAUGCCUCUCCAGACGUUUCCACCGCCGCCAUCACAGACAAUGUCAAAUCUUCACCCAUGGUUCCUCAUGACUCUCCUAAUAACAUUUUCUCUCACAACCCAGGGGGGCUUGGAAAGAAGAAGACUAUCGCACGGCCCAAGCACAACAUGCGAACGACCUCGUCCACCUUCAUAACCCGGCUCCAGAACGCAGACAAUCUCCACAAGAAUCUUCAACUGAAGCAGGGAGAGAUUACGUUCUUGUUCUAUAACUCUGCCAAGAGCUUCGUUUGGACUGAAGCUGGUGCAAAAGUGAAGGAACCACUGGCACGAAUUCAUUUCUCUGCUCAUCCCACUUGUCACGACGUCAAUCUGGCAACAGUUUGUCCAGAACGAAUUGAUGUCAUCAUUGGCUUCAAUACUGGUGACCUGUUGUGGUUUGACCCUAUGUCUUCACGAUAUGGUCGCCUUAACAAACAGGGCCGCAUCUGUAACUCGCCGUGCACUUCUAUUCGCUGGGUCCCCAACUCACCGAAUCUGUUCCUUGUCUCCCACGCGAAUGGAACGAUUGUAGUAUACGACAAAGAACGAGAGGAUGGUAUUUUCGUGCCGCAGGAACCAAGCUCAGUGACAUAUUCCAGCUCGUCUUCCAACGGGGCACCAUCUACCUCAUCUCCAGGAGAGUGGGAUUCACUUGACAGUAUAUUUGUGACAAUGCCUCCUUGGCAUCCGGUUACUGCUGGGGGGACAUUUACUGGAGGUGGAAAGUCUGAUAAAGAAAAGACGGCCAAGAAUCCGGUCAGCCACUGGAAAGUUUCUCGCCGUACCAUAGUAGGCAAGUGA